AUGUCAUUGGGCGGCGUCGGUUUCGUGAAGCGGGGAAUGAUCGAGUCGUUCGGCGCCGUCGGCUUGGGCGAUCAGCGAGGGGCUUCGGAGGUUCCGGAUCCGGGGUUCUGGCUCGGUUCGUCUAGACGCGGCGUCCGGUCUAGGAUCGAGUUCGUUCAGAUGAGGUGUCCUCUUCUGAGGCAGGCGUCCUGCUAG